AUGCUGUCUCCUGAACGGAUCAUAGCGUCUUUGGAAGGAGUGGAAGAUGCUAGAAUUGUUUCGAUUGCUUUCUUUGCUCUCUCAGUAUACGAGAUUUAUAAAGGUCAAAUUCUUUUGGUCAGGCAAGUGGACGACCUCUCGAAUCCUAUUCUUUAUCAACCGAUAUGUUCCCAUUACGAUCAUGACGUUCGCAUUCUUCGCGCUCGAGCUUCCCAAUCCAUCGGAAAGAUUGCAUCGGAAGUUGACUCCGUUCCCUGCACGAUAUCUAAGUCUGUUUACAACUGCGUAGUUGUCGCCUCUCCAUCCAAAUCUCAAUGUUCCUCAACAUUCUUGCCAUUGGAGUCAUUCAGGCAAUGCUUGUCUACCGGGUAUGGCACCUUUUCGGAAAUCGUAAAUGCGUUCAAUGGGCCGCAGUGGGCGCGUUCGCCUGCUCUAUCUUUUUCUCCCUCUUCUUUACGAUUGUUGUCCUAG